AUGGACUCCAGUUUUGUCCUAGACUACUCCAUAAUCACUAGCAACGACGCGAUGGCAGAGAUAUUUGCUUCUGCUUUCUCGGAUGUAGCUGCUGUGGCUGAAGUAUCCGCCUCCGCUGGCCCGCAUAUCACCGAUGUACGGAUCAUCCUGGGCUGCAAUUAUGGAUGUAUACGCCAGAAGACCAAAAUCGAGGAUGCCUACUCUGAUUCCUCUCGCCCGUGUGUCGUUGUAUGGGACGAUCUCGCCCGGCUUGCCCGUUUCAAGCAAGCGGACGCUGUCUUCUGUCACGUCUAUUACGAUGCGGGUGGCGGCGAAAAGAUGGCUGCUAUCGCCGGCCUUGGCUGCGUUGCACACGACUGGAUCGAUUUAGGAGCAGAUGUGGCAUGUGGAGAAGUAAGCAACGUCAUUCCGUCCCUGACUGGGGGGUCUCUGGAAGAGGAAGCACUCGCAGAAGUUUACUCGCGCUUGAUUGGUGCUCUUGUCUGGUGUCGGGAUAACGAUCCCUAUAACCCGGCAGCCCUAAGCAUACUUGUCACGCAUUGGUGGCAGCUCUCCAACUGCCGACACAGACCCAUCUCCCUUCUCGGCAGGACAGAUCUCGGUAUCAGCGCGGCCAUCGCCGCCACCUUACCGGACGAGAGGCCCUCGUUGGAGCAUUUCCGAGCGUGCGGCACUCAAAUUGAACGUGGCGAGCGUCCCCUCGCCAACGCCGAGGCACGGCUCCAAUCAGUCCUUUCUGCUGACCCUCUGCCCGAAACUCGAGCGGUUAUCGAGGUCUUGGUCAACCCUGUCCUUGAUUACGUCAAAGGGGCUGAAACCCUACCCUCUGAGAGUGAGUACGUGGGGGCCAUCCUCGCUGCCGCACUGACUUACCCCCAGGGACAGGAGAUCAUGGAGUUAUGGGACCUUACCAUAGUCAUGUGGGAAUGCGGCGCAAUGAGGGGGGCUGGGGUGGCAGGUCUUUGCUAUACUCACACCGGAAAGGCCAACUGCGACCGGGCUAGGGAUGACUUGUCUGACACCACCUGGACUUGA